UCCAUGCAAAGAAUCCACGAUCUGUAGGUGCUUCUCUUGCACGGCCAGGGGAGAAAGUUUCAUGGCAUAAGCUGUCCGGCGUGGGGAUUCCGACCUGAAGGGCAAUUCUCUGCCGCUGUUUUGGGUGAGGUUGACAGUGCUGGGGGAAGGUCAAAGAAGUGUCUUAGUUGGCUCGGGUGAGCGGGGCCACAAACCUCUGCCGCCAUGGACUGGAAGACCUUACAGGGCCUGCUGAGUGGGGUGAACAAGUACUCCACAGCAUUCGGUCGCAUCUGGCUCUCUGUCGUGUUUGUCUUCCGGGUCCUGGUUUUUGUGGUGGCUGCCGAGCGGGUUUGGGGGGAUGAGCAGAAGGACUUUGAUUGCAACCACCGGCAACCUGGCUGCACCAAUGUCUGCUAUGACCACUUUUUCCCCAUCUCCCACAUCCGCCUGUGGGCCCUGCAGCUUAUCUUUGUCACCUGCCCCUCGCUGCUGGUCAUCAUGCACGUGGCCUACCGCGAGGAUCGGGAAAGGAAGAAUCGGGAGAAGAACGGAGAAAACUGCCCCAAGCUCUAUAGCGACACAGGCAAGAAGCACGGUGGCCUUUGGUGGACUUACCUCCUCACCCUCUUCUUCAAGUUGACCAUUGAGAUCGUCUUCCUCUACAUCCUUCAUAGGAUAUGGGACAGUUUUGACCUGCCACGGCUGGUCAAGUGUGUUGACUUGCCCCCGUGCCCAAACAUUGUGGACUGCUACAUUGCACGGCCCACAGAGAAGAGGGUGUUCACCUACUUCAUGGUAGGGGCGUCCGCCAUCUGCAUUGUCCUCACUGUGUGCGAGAUCUUCUACCUCAUCUUCAAGCGGGUUGUCCGCUCAGCACAGAAGUGGAAGAAGAACAAGAAGUCUCUCUCUUACAGCAAGGCCUCCACCUGCCAGUGCCAUUUGCGACUGGAGCAACCGCUGGAUGGGAAAGCCAAAUUUCUCCAAGAGGACCAAAUCCUUGAUGUCCAAAACCCAAAGCCACAUGAAUCAACUGGAAAAGUCUGUGGAUCUGCUACCAAAAUUUCACCCAAAGGGAAUUCAAAGAGAGGCAAAAUAUCUGAGAGUUUUUGACAGACCUCAAAAGAGAUUCCUCAAGCCACAUUUCUUGUGGGAAGGAGAGGGCUGGCUCACCAUGACUCGAUCUAUGCUUGUGUUCACAUGAAUGUAAACAGCAUUAGAUGCUUCUGCAGGGAUUGUUCAAAAACAAGUGCCUUAUUUCUGAACUGUCUACACACUUUUUAUACACACAAGAAUAUGUUCUGCCCAAAGGAAGGGUUAUAAGUCAAGUCUUUGCUAUGCUUUCUUGAGAGGAAGUGAAUUCUCCUUCCUGUGGUAAUCAGAAGUACCUUGGGAAGGAAAGAAAAGGGCUUUACUCCGGUAGCAGUCAAACUUGCCUCUGAAAACUGUGCCUACAGUGAAAUUUGAAGUAAAAUUUGGAUGUUCCUCCUCAGGGGAGAGAACUAAGAUUGCCAACUGCCUGGAGAAAUAAUGUUCUAGCCCUUCAAUAGAAGUUUAAUGGAAUUUUAUUUAUCAAGUGAUGUUAUUUACCUCCAUGCCAUGAAAAGCUUCAACUGCCAAUUUCUACAUUUUAUGUCAUUGUUAAUGUUACUGGAUAUUUUUCCAGGGUUGCCAGCCCUCCAGUAGGAGUAGGGAUCCCCUACUCCCCAGCUCAGAGCAGCGGUAAGAGAAAAAUAAAAAACGGCAACUGGGCCUACAGCAUGAUGUCACUUCUGGGUAAAACCUGGAUGUGAUAUCAGCCCUCUCUAGGAAUUGCUGGAAACUCUAUGGUAAAAAUAAUUGAGUUGCUGUCUGGCAACUCUACAUUUCCUCCAGUCCUGUUGGCAAAUCUAGGAAGAGGUUCAAUGGAAGCUGAAAGAAUGGGAACAUUCUCAGGGUGGGAAGAUUGUACACACCUUGAGGAAGCAAAAAAAAUUUGGCCUAAAAUGAAACACUCAGUGAAAUAAGAUGUUCUUGCAUCAACAAAACAUCUGAAGAGCAGGGAGGAAAGGCAAAAAAGGUUUUGAUCAAACGACAGAAAUUUACAAUGCAAGCCUAAAAUAAAAAGUUUCACCCUUCGAAGCACAUUGAUUUCAAAGGAUUCUGCUUACGGUUGCAUUGUUAGACUUUUCCUAGCAACCGUCUUGUGAGUAAACAAGUUCAUACUAUGUGGUAAGCUCUCCUCCUUUAAAAAGAAGCAGUAACUGUCGCUCUCUGAUGGAGCAGGAAUUUUGGUACAGUGAAGGUUGGUAAAACUGAAGCCAACGGUUCAUUUCUAAAAGAAGUGAGGAAAAUCCCAGCUCAGUCUAAAAGCCAUGCAGGGCUGGUAUGCUACUUAAAAGAGUCUUUGGAAAGUGGAAAAUACGAGCAAAUUGAUUCCAUUCUAAUGAAAAGAGACAUUUGAAGAGUAGGGGACAAAAAGGGAGGUUCUACAAGAUGUCAGAAUUUCAUUCUGCCAAUGCUCAGAGGCAGGCAAGGGUGUUCCUUCCCUCUUGCUAGAGCACCCUGUGGCAUGUAACAUUGCUGCAAGGACUGCAAAAGGAUGCAUAUAUGUGGCGAGUAACAUUGCGGCAAGGACUUAUAAAAGGAUGCAUAGAUGUGUAACAGAAAAUUACAAAGAGAAAUGAAAGAGAAAUUCUUCUUUUGAAAUAGAAAAAAAAAUAAGAUGAAUCAAUUGCUAUGUCUUUAAAAGGUGAAUUUCAGAGCAAGAAAUUCUGCUUCCCAGAGCAACAUUAACAGGGUCUCUGGAGGUCUUUCUCAUCCCCGUUGCCUGAGAUUCUUUCUCUGGAGAUGCAAGGUCGGAAUGUGGGAUUUUCUGCAUCAUGGCCCCUCCUCAAAAUUAUCACCACAGAGUUCUUGUCUAGCCCAGGAGGACCACCACUUGCCCCCACCCUGGUGUUAUUCUUAGCACCAAGCUCUGGCCAACAACGCUAGGUGAACAAAGGGUUCAUUAGAGAGCAAGGAAACCGUGCCCAGCUAUUAAACUUUGUUUGAUCAAGAUUUCAUGCUUGUAAACAUUCCUACCAUGACCAAGGAAUGAAAAGCUUAUCUUUAUGCACUGAAUACAUUCAGUCAAUCAAUUCUCUGUUGCCAGAAUUUAUCAUCAUUCCUCAUCAAACAGCAACAUUAACAGUGGCAAUUUUUUUCACGCUCACAGCAACUGCUUUAGCGCCCCAAAAUUUCCAACAGAACUUAAGAGCUUCUGUGAUUAUAUACCACAACCUUUGUAAGCGAUUUCCCCUAAGUACAGAAUAAUUAUUAACAUUUUUUUUAAAAAAAAGACCAUUUCGAAUAAGAACAAAUCCUCCACUUCAGCAGGACAAUAGGAGCUCCUAGAAGUUAGAGGAAAGAGGUAGGAAUAGGAUUGCCAAUUAUGGGUUGGAAAAUUCCUGGAGAUUUGAAGGGACAGAGUUUGGGGAAAGACGCAAAAUAGAAAAGAGCCCAGUAGCACCUUUAAGACUAACCAACUUUACUGUAGCAUAAGCUUCCGAGAACCACAGCUCUCUUCGUCAGUUGCAUGGAGGGUAUGAAGAAACUGGCCAGAGAUAUAUAGGUGGUGAGGAGGGGAGUAGAUGCAAAUCAGUUUGCUUCUGGUAAUGAGAUCAGUUUGCUUCUGAUAAUGAAAUCAGUCACUUCUGAUAAUGAGAUAGCCAUUCAUAGUCUCUAUUCAAUCCAAGUCUGACUGAGUCAAAUUUACAUAUGAAUUCCUAUUCAGCAGCUUCCCCUUGGAUUUUGUUUUUGAAAGGUUUCUGUUGAACUAUGGUGACCUUUAAGUCCUUGAUGGAAUGUCCUGGUAGAUUGAAGUGUUCUCCCACUGGUUUCUGGACGUUGCCAUUUUUAAUGUUAGAUUUGUGUCCAUUCUUUUGCACAGAGGUUGGCUGGUUUGUCCGAUGUACAGAGCAGAUGGACAUUGUUGGCACAUGAGGGCGUAGAUCACGUUGGAGGAUGGGGAAAGGAGGGAGCUCAGCCAGGAUGUGAAGCCAUAGAGUCCACCCUCCCAAGCUGCUAUUUCCUCCAAGGGAACUAAUCUCUGUAGCCUGGAAAUUCCAGGAGACCGCUAGGUCCCACAUGGAGAUUGGCAACCCUAGAUGGGAAUGCUACCCACAAAAAGACCUCUGUACGUCAGUUUGGAUGCCGGGUGGCACAGUGGCUAGAAUGUUGGUUGAGGGUUCAUAUCCUCACUCCAUCAUGAACAUGGGUGAUCUUGGGCCACCCAUACUCACUCAGCUUAACCUACCUCACAGGGUUGUUAGGAGAAUAAAAUAGAGAAAGGGGCACCAUGUAUACCACCCUGAGCUCCUUGGAGGAAAGGUGGUAUAACAAUAUGAUAGAUUAGAGAAAGGGUGACAGAAAACCCAAAUCAUUAGCUGUCCAAUGAAUGAACAAGAAUGAGCUCAUAUUCUGGAUGAAAUCUUGCCCGGAGGAACAGAAAAAAGCGGUGAGUAAGCCUGCUCCUCCUGAAUCUAUCAUUCACUUGUCCUGGACUGUCCCCACCCUCCCUGAUAAACAGUGUGGCGUGUUUGGCACUUCCGUCUCCAGGAAGCUCUUACUCUUUUUUUUUUUUGCUCUGAGUGGGUUCAUUCCUCACUGAGAACAAAGGGAGCACUGAAGACCUGUUCUUCGAGGGUUUAAGAACAGGUUUGCGACUUCUCCAGAAGUGAGUAAAAAAAAAAAGACCAUGAAUCAAUUUUAAUGCAUUCUGCACAAGCAAAUGGAAUGAAAAGGGGGACGGCCAAAGGAACAAGCUCAGGGACAAAAGCUUUGGGUGAACCAGGUCUAGGGGAGGAACCUCAUCAGCUGCAGGAACACAACAGUCCAGGGGGCAGGAGGUGUGUGCAGUCAGUUAAGCCAGCAGGAUGAACAAGGCAGGCAAUAGGCUCAAGGAAACAUUUGCCAGAGGCAAGCAGCGUGACGUCCCCCACAGUCACACAAGUUGUGGGUUCUCUUGCCCAUGUGAUGCAUGAUUAGGAUCAGGACUGUGGUGUGCAUGGAGGAGGAGCUUCGGCCUUCCCCCUUGCCUGUUUUCUCGAUCUGAGAGCCAAGCUACAAGUGACGCCUGACACAGGUUGGACACUUGUCAGCUUCCCUCAAGUUUUGAUGGGAAA